AUGGCGAAGGCGCAGUACCGGCAGCAUUGGCUGCGCGCCUUCACCGCCCGCUGGAAUGCGGAAGGAGCAACCCCGGCCGUGGCUCGCUUCAAGCCCAACCUCCGCGACGUCGUCGCCUGGCUCAACGACGCGUGGAUGAACAUCGAGCUGCGCACAAUUCAGCGCUGUUGGUGGCGCACCGGCUGCCUCCCGCGUGCGUGGGCCAUGGACCUUCCUCACGUGGGCGACGACGCAGUUGGUGCAGGCCGAGCCGCGGACAUCGGCCUUGAUGAGGAGAUUGGGGAUGUUGGAAUCCUCAUCGAUCGCCUCGGCCUUGGUUCAAGCGCAAUGCCGGCAGCGGCAUUGGUCGCCAUUGACGACAACCAGCCUACCUGCGCAGAGCUGGGCGAGGAUCCGCUGGCCACCGAGCCGCCAACCGCGCCUUCUGCGGAGAUGUGGGAAGCGUCCGCCACCAUGGAAGCCGUCUACGAAGACAGCAACCCCGAGUCCCGCGAGGCACGGCGCUACGCUCGAGCGGCCUCCGAGAUGCUCAUCGGCUACGCGAAGGCAACCAGCAUCACCCCGCGUGACUUGUGCGCGCUCUUCGAUAUCCGCAACCCCAUCAUCAGGGCGCGUAUGGAGCGCGCCAGCCCGCCGAUUAACCUCAACAUGACCCCGCCGCCUGCCAUGCCUGAGGGCGCCACCCCACAGGCCGAGACACCUCGUCGCCGUGGCCGCGUGCUUCCGGCAUGGAUGACGGAGCCCACCCCAUCGUGGGUGACUCUGACUCAGCAGGCGGAGCGCCGCCAGGAGCUGAUUGACGGCGAUGUGCCGGCCGUCAUGGGUGGCUACCUGGCAGCGCCGAAUGGAUGCGCCUGUGAAGGGAGCUCGGAAAUCGAUGACGGAGAAGUAGCUCGAGUACAAGUGUGA